UGAUGAGGUGGUACAAAGAGAUAUCAUAAGCUGUGGCCGUUCAAAGUCGUCGCCGGUCACGAGGACCGGCCGACGAUUAUUGUGCAGCAUAAAGGCGAGGAGAGGCAGUUCGCGCCUGAGGAGAUCUCCGCCAUGGUGCUCGCCAAGAUGAAGGAGACCGCCGAGAUCUACCUCGGCACCACGGUCAGGGACGCCGUCGUCACCGUUCCUGUCUACUUCAACAACGCCCAGCGUGAGGCCACGAUUGACGCCGGUGUCAUCGCCGGCCUGAACGUCCUGCGCAUCAUCAACGAGCCGACCGCAGCCGCCAUCGCCUACGGUCUGGACAAGAUGCCCGUCACAAACGGAGAGAGGACGGUUCUUGUCUUUGAUCUUGGGGGUGGCACCUUGGAUGUCUCCCUGCUCAACAUCGAUCCGGGCGCGGACAUAGAGAUGGCUCUGUUCAACGUGAAGGCCAUCGCCGGUGACACUCACCUUGGCGGGGCCGAUUUCGACAACGAGAUGGUGAAGUACUCCAUACGGGAAUUCUUAAGGAAACACUGGAAAGUGGACAUCAGAAGCAACCAGAAGGCGCUCCGGCGGCUUAGGAAUGCCUGUGAGAGGGCUAAGAGGAUGCUUUCUUCCACUGCACAGACCACCAUUGAGGUCGACUCGCUUCAUGACGGCAUUGACUUCUCCACCACCAUCACCCGCUCCCGAUUCGAGGAGCUCAACAAGGACCUCUUCAGCAAGUGCAUGGAAGCUGUCGAGCGGUGCUUCCAGGACGCCAAGAUGGACAAGAGCAGAGUCCACGACGUCGUCCUCGUGGGCGGCUCCACCCGCAUGCCCAAGCUGCAGGCCAUGCUCAGGGAAUUCUUUAACGGCAAGGAGCUCUGCCGGACAAUCAACCCCGAUGAGGCCGUUGCCUACGGAGCCGCCAUCAAGGCCGCUUCCCUCCGCGGCAAGGCUGGCGGUGAUAAGAUGCGGAGCUUGCUGCUUCUCGACAUGACGCCGCUCUCACUUGGGGUCGAGACGAGAGGAGGUGUCAUGUCAGUGCUGAUCCCGCGGAACACCACCAUCCCGAGCAGGAAGGUGGACGAGUACACCACCACCUGCGACAACCAAACCAGUGUACUCAUUCAGGUGUACGAGGACGAGAGCGGGAGCACCAAGGACAACAAGCUGCUCGGCAAGUUUGAGCUCUGGGGCAUCCCCCCGGCGCCCAGGGGCGAACCUAAAAUCAAAGUCACCUUCGACAUCGACGUGAACGGUGUGCUGAACGUGUCGGCCCAGGACAAGACCACCGGGCGCAGCAACAACAUCACCAUCACCAGCAACAAGGGCCGGCUGAGCAAGCAGGAGAUCGAGCUCAUGGCGGAGGACUGCAGCCCGCAGGAGGUCAGGAUUUACAAGGGGAUAGCAGCAGAAUCAAUCAAUCAAGGAAGGCCGACCAGUUGAUGCUGCCAUUUCAUGAGGACGUUCUUCGUAUAGUAACUCAUGCUGUCAUUUCAUUUUCCAAUGCAAUAUGCGCCCAUCUAUACGUUUCCUUAUUUUCUGAACGAACUUCCGAAAACAUGGUGUGAUCAGUGAUACUGAAGUGGUCGUCUGUAUCUAUUAAAUGC